AUGGAGCAAGCGGGAGAACCGUCGCCGAAGAACAUCAGGGAUUGCGCCAACGCAAUAUGGAGCUGCAACACAGUUGACAAGGCAACGGCCUUCAUGCAAUCGAUACCCAGCGAGUUUGCCCUGAUCGCUUUGCCGAACUAUGUCGCCGGCGAACUGAAGUUACCGUCAUCACCAUCGACGACUUAUGUUGACUCCUUCGAACCUAAAACAGGCAGACGGCUCUACAGCCUUCCGUGUACCCAGCCAAGCGACGUGGAAGAGGCGAUUCAGCAUGCCAGGUCCGCCUUCCGGACAUGGAGGAAGACGUCACGCGCAGAGAGGUCUCGCCAUCUCCGCCGCGUGAGCGACUUGCUCCACGAACACCGGGAACUGUUUGCGGUGUGGGAAAGCAUUGACCAGGGAAAGACGCUUGAGCGGGCACGUAUUGAGGUCGACCGCGCCAUUUCAAACUUCUCAUACUUCUCGACCUACAUCCUCCAUGAGCAGACUGCCGCGCGCAUGGUCGACGGCGUCGCCCUCACCUACGAGCACCGCUCACCAGCCGGGGUGUUUGCUCUGAUCUCACCGUGGAACAUGCCAUUGUAUCUCCUUACGUGGAAGAUCGCUCCAUGUAUAGCAUUCGGGUGCACAGCGGUUGCCAAGCCAAGCGAGAUAACGAGCAUGUCUGCAUACCUUUUGGGUAUUCUCCUGCAGAAGGCGGAACUCCCUCCUGGGGUCGUCAAUAUUGUCCUGGGUGACGGGGUCACUACGGGGGCAACGCUCGUAGCGUCCCCGCUGAUUGAUGGCGUGUCCUUUACCGGGGGCACAGCAACCGGUAUCGCGAUCCGCCGUGCCACGGCCCACCAGAUCAGCAAGCAUCUGUCGCUAGAGCUGGGCGGCAAGAACCCGACGUUGGUAUUUGCCGAUGCUAUGGCCGACGCUUCCACACGGGAACGCGCCAUUCGCACGACAGCUAUGGCUGCCUUCGAGAACCAGGGCGAGAUCUGCCUCUGCGGCUCACGUAUCUACGUCGAAAGAAGCGUCUACAAGCCUUUCGUCGAUGAACUCACCUUAUACGUCCGCAAUAAGUACAGCCUAGCGAAGGGGUCAAUGGGCGCGGUGGCGAGCCUGCAACACUAUAACAAGAUCAAGGACUACCUCCAACUGGCGUUAGAGGAAAAUGCCACGUUCCGCUUGGGAGAUGUUCCCCCCACGUUGCACAAGUAUGCCAACCAAGGCUACUGGAUCGAGCCUACGAUCCUGACCGACGUAGCGCCCGAAUCGGCGAUGCAGAAGGAUGAGAUCUUUGGCCCGGUCGUCACCGUCACGCCGUUCGAUACCGAGGAGGAAGCGGUCCGGCUCGCGAACGCGAGCGAGUACGGACUCGCGGCCGUUCUAUUGACUACAGACGGCGCCAGGAUGAGGCGCGUCGGCGAGCAGAUCGAGGCGGGCCUGGUCUGGGUAAACUGCUGGCUUGUCAGGGAGCUAGGCACGCCGUUCGGCGGGAUGAAAAACAGCGGCACGGGGAGGGAAGGGGGGGAUUACUCGAGGGAUGUCUUCACCGUGGUCAGGACGAUGCACCUCCCCGCAUGA